CUUUAAUCUACUUUAUUCUAGCCUCUUCUUCAAGCAGGUGGUCAUGGUUCAUGUGUAGCUCAAUGUAAAGAAGCUAAAAUAAUUACUCGACGAACGAUUCCUAUGCAAGUUGAUGGUGAACCUUGUCGUCUAUUACCUUCAAUUAUCAGGAUAAAAGUGAAAAAUCAAGCAAAUAUGGUUGCUAAAUCUAAAACUCAUUGCCAGAUAGCUUCCAUGCCAACAUUAGAUCGGGAAAUUGUAAUUCCGGUAAGAAAAUUGAAUAUCUUGGAUUAUGAAACAUUCCAUUAUGAUAAAAGUAGACUUCAUGAUGCUUCUAUAGUUUUAGGUAAACUACAAAUCAAUCCGGACCUCGAGUUAAACCAUGUUCGUGCUUUAAUCAGACAAAUGGUUGCAAACCAUCGGAAAGGUUCAACUUCAAUUCAUAUGCUCAAUAAAGAACCAGGAGACGAGAUGGCCAGAUAUCGAUUGGAAAAGGCCUUCGAUAUUUCAAAUGACUGGUGUUUCGUUGAUUCUUGUACUGCUGAAAGAUAUUUUCGUAUAGAUCGUGCCCAGGAGCAUUUACACUAUGUUGUUGAUAUAUGCAAUGAUGAACUAUACAUUCUGGAUCCAACCGAUAACGGAUACGAUCGUGAUAAACUUGCAAAAGCCUCAAAUGUGCCUACAACCCAAUUAGCAGACAAUAGUCCCGCCAGUGGGCUGAGUGGUGAUGAGACGCCUUCACCAGUUGAUCCUGCUCUCUAUGGAGACAACAAUAAUACAAUUGUACUUUUCAAGCCUCCCACGACCAAGGAACCAGGAUCGGGUAAAGAUGAUUCGGGUGAUACUUUAAACGUAAAUACUGCCAGUCAACUGUUAGAGGCGUCAUCAAUUCCAGGGACACCGACAACUGCAACAGAAACAUUAACAGAAACAGCAACAGAGUCCAACAAUCCUAGUGCCUCUAAAGAAACCGUAAUGAGUGAUAAAGAAUUUGCAUGUUACCAGGCGACUUUCAAUGAACGGGAAACCACUGUUUGAUUGAAUCAUGAUAGAUUAUUUAAUUACCGUUGAUUGCUGGCCAUCUGUUUAAAUACCCGAAAAAUGAUGGUUUUGAUCGAUUUGGAAGAGCUUAAGGAGAAGAUUAUCGUUAAUCUAGUUUUGUGUGCCUCUCUGGUAAAGCCACAUUCCUCAUUAAUUUAUUUACUACCGAUACCUGUGCUGAUUGGCUUCAUCAUUACCAUCUUAUGACCAUUGCAUUUAGACAUUUUAAUUGCUGUUAACUCAAUCAGCCCAUUGUUGAACAUCAAAACAGUUAACGGGAAUGACUAGGAAUCAGCUUUCAUUCAUUAUUGAUUCUACCUUGCCGAUGAUUAAAUAAUAAGCGGAUCUAGUUUCAUUUUAAUACUAACAAGAAAUAUUUAAAAAUUUGUUAUUAAAUUUUUGUUUGUAGUAUUUUACAAACAUGCAGUUGUUAUUGGAAUGGAUUUGCUAAAUCAGAUGCAAGAAAAGCUGGUGGAACCAUUAGUUGACCAUGAAAUUAACCAUUGGAAUUAACCUUUUGGUGAUGUUUCAGCCAUUUUGUUUACUCA